AUGUUAACAUGGGGCAUGUACAUCAUCUCUGUUCUCACGCCUUCCAAGGACAACAUGGCUACCGACCCUUCUAUGGUCUGGCUGGAGAACACCCUUAAGCUCCUCUGUGCCAGUCAAAUGGUCUACCCAACGGCAAUCAUGACAGCCAAGCUUAGCAUGUUCAUGAAGCGAGGCUGUAUUAUCCUGGCUAUCCUCACGAUGAUGUGGUGGAUCGCCGGCGUACUCAUGGAUAUUUUUCAGUGUUCGCCUAUCAGCAAGGCCUUUAAACCGGCCAUGGACCCAUCAGGCUGUAUCGAUCAGAAUGCGUAUUGCAUGGGCAUGAUCAUCCCCAAUGUCUUGAUGGACAUGGUCAUCUUGUGUCUGCCGACGUUCGAGGUCUCCAAGCUGCACCUCCCCCGUAGCCAAAGAUUCGCCCUGGCGGGCGUGUUCCUACUAGGCGCCGCCGUCACCUCCGCAAGUGGCAUCAGAAUGCACUACCACCUCAAGCUGGUAGAAAGCGGCGAAGGGAACUAUGACUUCACCCUGGGCCUCCUCAAACCUCAGCUGUGGCUAACACUCGAGCCCGACAUGGCCGUCAUCUGCGCCUGCCUGCCCGUAAUGCGGCCGCUGAUCACCAUGAUCCUGGCCUCGCCCCUCUACCGCUCCAUCGCGUCGCACCUUACAGUCGGCAGGAGCAGCAUACGCAGCAAGGGCGCGAGCGCGGGGACCAGCAGCAGCAGCAGUAGCAGCCAGGGCGCCGGGUAUAACAAGCACGCCGCGCUCAACACGAUAGGCGGGUCGUCGGUGCCCGGCAGCAAGGGCGCGGCGGGCCACCAUCACGUCAGGGAGAAGAGCCAGGGCAGCGGCACGACCAAGUACACCAUGUCGUCGUUUGAGUCGCUCGAGUACCUCCGGGACGAGGACGUCGAGGCCGGGCGCCUGGUCCCGGAUGGCCGCGGGUGGUCCUGGCAUGGCGACCUUGGCAUUGGGCACCAGGCCCAGGUGAGCAGAAGCCAGAGCGUGGUGAUUGACGAGGUCCCGAUAGGUGCGAUAUUCGUGAAGACGGUCGUCGAUUGCAGGGACACGACAGGUGAUCCGUCACCUGUCGGGCAGAUGAGCCAAACGCGGAGUUCAUGA